UCAUACUUUGGGCCUCAGCCCAUUGAGCUCGUGAUUUGCUGGUUAUGCGAUGCGAUCUCUGAAUUUGCUCUCUAUCGCUGUAACUCUUCGGUCGACGACGGUCCGAGCAGCUCCUUCCGCGUACCUGGGGACGCGUGGGAUGGGGAAGAAAUCAAAUACCACCAAUCAAGUGAAUCCCCGCGUUGACAAAUUGCAGCAGGUUUUGAAUAGCGACUCUUCUGGUGGCUGGGAUAGGUGCUGGGAGGAAGGGUUAACUCCAUGGGAUUUGGGAAAACCGACGCCUAUUCUCUUACAUCUUCAUAAGACAGGAGCACUUCGCAAGGGCAGGGCACUAGUCCCUGGAUGUGGCUCUGGUUAUGAUGUCACAGCAAUUGCAUGUCCAGAGCGCUACGUUGUUGGAUUAGAAAUCUCAGAUAAAGCUAUAAAGAAAGCAGUAGAUUUGUCCUCCACAUCACCCAAUGCAAAAUACUUUACCUUCUUAAAGGCAGACUUCUUCUCAUGGAGUCCAACUGAGUUGUUUGAUCUCAUAUUUGAUUAUACAUUUUUUUGUGCCAUAGAACCAGAGAUGAGAUCAGAAUGGGCACAUCAGAUUCAAAAAUUCUUAAAACCUGAAGGGGAGCUCAUAACACUUAUGUUUCCGAUUAGUCAUCAUGUUGGAGGACCUCCUUUUAAAGUAUCAAUUGCUGAUUAUGAAGAGGUUUUGCAUCCCAUGGGCUUCAAAGCGAUAUCCAUUGUGGAUAAUCAACUGGCCGUUGGACCUCGCAGAGGAAGAGAGAAGCUUGGAAGGUGGAAGAGGUCUCUAAGCCAAUCCUUGCUAUGAUGAUAAUCUUCAUCCUGUUUAAAAGGAAAUUAAACAGGAGUUCAUAGUCUUAAUAAACAAAUUCUUUGAUAAGGCAACAAACAAUUCAGGAGUUGACCUAAGCUUUGUUUCACCUGUUUGUAGUACUUAUACAUGUCAGCGGAUUAGGGUUUUUUUUUUUUGGCAAACAAACUGAUGCAUUGUGACCUGGUGCAGACUUGAAACCGUGUUGAGUUCGCUUGGUUUGUGUUGCUUGAUUACAGAAGCAGAGGAUGUAUGGGCAAA